AUGCAGGAUGCUGUACCACUGACACUUGGACAAGAACUUAGUGGAUAUGUAACUCAGAUAUCAAAUGGUAUACAAAGAGUACAAGCAACUUUACCCAGACUAUAUCAGUUAGCAGCAGGUGGUACUGCUGUUGGUACUGGACUAAACACAAGAAUUGGUUUCCCAGAGAAGGUUGCGACAAAAAUAGCUGAACUGACAGGUUUACCAUUCAUAACAGCUCCAAAUAAAUUUGAAGCCUUGGCAUCCCAUGAUGCACUGUUAGAGGUACAUGGAGCAUUGAAUGUUGUUGCUUGUAGCCUGAUGAAAAUAGCCAAUGAUGUGAGACUGCUGGGAUCUGGACCUCGCUGCGGUAUCGGUGAAUUGAUCCUGCCAGAAAAUGAACCCGGAAGCAGUAUUAUGCCAGGUAAAGUGAAUCCAACUCAGUGUGAGGCAGUUACCAUGGUAGCAGCACAAGUUAUGGGAAACCAAACAGCAGUAACCAUUGGUGCUAGCAAUGGUCAUUUAGAGCUGAAUGUAUAUAAACCAAUGAUUGUGGCCAAUGUAUUGCAAUCAGUUCGUCUGCUUGGUGAUGUUAGUGUCUGCUUUACACAGAACUGCAUCCGUGGCAUCUUACCAAAUGAUAUUCAGAUAAACCGGUAUCUCAAAGAAUCACUUAUGCUGGUAACUGGUCUGAAUCAUUACAUUGGGUACGACAAAGCAGCAGCUAUUGCGAAAACAGCACACAAGGAAGGGACGACAUUGAAAGAGGCAGCACUGAAACUAGGUCAUCUUACAGAGGCUCAGUUUGAUGAAUGGGUUCGACCAAUUAAAAUGAUUGGUCCAAGUAAAUAAUUUUAAAUCAGUAUUCAAAUCAUUCCUUUACCUGUCAUAUCAAAUUAUUCCUUCAACACAUUUCGUAUUUGUAGAUCAGUGAUUCAGUGAUUUUAUGGUUUACUCAGGGCAUGGCCGCAGUGACUCAGGAACUAUGGGAGAAGGAUUGGGGGGGGGGGGGGGGCAUGGGGGAUAGUGGUAUGUAUGAUUAGAUA